AACAUAAUCCAGCCCAGGCAGCGGAGGGCUGGAUGCGAGUUCACAGACACAAGGAGCUCCGGAGUCGCGCGCCGAGGAGCUGAGAGCUGAAGAAGAAUCAGAAUAAUAAUAAUAUUAAUAAUCAUAAGAGGAUUUUGGAGAGUCGUGUCCGGCGCCGCGUCUCCGCCUUUCUCAUCCACGGAAAACUACCGGGGAAACUUUUCUGGGACAUUUCAUACCUGUGUGUUGUUUUUUUUUGUAAUUAUAAUAGCAGACAGCGGGUUGGGUCUGUCCCCGCUGCUGGAUGUAAGCCUUUAACGGUUUCUUACCAAAUAUAGCCAAGUGUUAAUGCCGGAGCGGCGCUGCGCUCCUGGAUUGGUUAUUUGCAGCGCGGCUAAAGUUUCUAAUUAAAUACUCCGAUCGCUUUGAUUCAGAGAGGCUUUUAUUCACCAGCGCGGUAUUAUCUCAUUUACACCUCGGACUGCUGCAUUUCUCGGUUGAAUCUUCAUUCUCCCGUAUAUCUUUUUUUUUUUCUGGCCCAUUGUGAUGCGUGUCGAUUGGAAACGCCGUGAACAGAAGCCAUUUUUAAGUCUUUGAUUUCCCAAAGCUCUCACCACUGACUCAUUCAGCACGAGCUGCUCGACCUGUGCGCGCGGAUAUUAUCUCUAUCUUUUUUUGUUGUAGUUGCUGUUGUAGUCGGUCUUCUUCCUCCGUGCGUGUGUGUGUGUCGCGGGGCGCAGUCGGACGCGCCAUGGCUCAGUGGGUUUUGCGCUACGUGUUGGUCCUGUGCUCGGCGGCCGGCUGGGCUGCAGCCGAAGCCGGGAAGGCCGGGGCGGAGAGCCCGCCGCCCGUCGUCACGCUGGGCACCGUGGUGUCGGGGACCUGCCAGGAGAUGCACCGGUACGCGGAGUCUCUGCUGGGAACCAGCGUGGUCCGCUCAGCUGUCGAGAGUGCAGUGUUGUUUCUUGAGUCAUUGCUUGGUCAGGAGAACUUCUAUACGAUGGCCAUGUUUCUGGAGAUGGUGAUCCGUUUCUUGGCUGAAGGAGCCGCCAGCGGCCUCAACGUCAUCGCCGUUUACGUCGCGGAAAUCCUCAGGGUCACGGGAUUCGAUGUGGCACAGGCGCUGCCCCGCUUCACCCCAGAGGGCGUGACCGCCGUGGCGCAGUGGGGCCUGCUGGCCCUCAUCGGCUACUGGGUGCUGACCGUCGUUCUGCGUCUCCUGAUCGGCGUGGUGAAGCAGACGUUCUGGGUGGUGAAGACCGUCCUGGCGCUCUGGCUGUUUGGACUGAUCGUGACCGAUAAGACGGCCUCGGCGGACGUCACGGCGGUCCGGGUGGGCGGCCUGGUGCUGGGCUGCGUCCUGUUGACUCUGCUCACUCCCGGCUCUGAGAAGUCCAGGGCGGUGGAGCACCGGCUGAGCAGCCUGGAGGGCCGGCUGAAGGCGGUGGAGAAGAGGAAAGGGGAGCAGUGAGGAGAGGGGUUCAGGUGGACGAAGGUGGCGGUGAUAAUAUCGGUUAAGAAAAUAGCAGCGGUGAUUUCUACGACUGUCAAAUGUGGGAAAAUAAAAUACUCUUUGGAAUUUUUAAUCA